AACAAGAUCUCGAUUACGAGAGAGCGAUAUUGCUUCGAUAUCGACUGAAUAAAUAUGCCACAUUCGCGGCGGCCUUGAAGAAUUUUCUUCGGGGGGGGGGGCCCGGCAGGUACCAUGCGCAGGAUCAGCGAACUCGGUAUCAUCGGCGACGUGCCGCAUCGGAGAGACACGUACUCAUCAUGCCAGCAACUGUGAAGAUUCGAGUGUCCACGACGUUUGAGUGUCGCGAUCGAUCGAACGCGUAACCAGACGGGGGAAUUUCGAAGAUUUCGAGAAGGAUGUCGGGGUACCUGGGUGGCCCGCGAGAGGAGCAGGACUCGUCGCCUGGGUCGAGCAGCAGCAACGCGUCAGCCGCGAGAACGUCGGCGUCGCCAAGGAAGACUUAGCUGUCUUGCCGCUUGAGCUUUUACUUGAUGAUCGGCCACGGCGACGAUGAAGCGUGCGACAAGCGCAUCCGUUGCGGCCGCCACGGCCGCCGCGACGCAAGUGCACCAUCAGGCCAGGAUCCAGGAGUUGUUCGCUCCCGGAUCGAUGCCGACGGCGACGACGAUGACAAUGACGACGAGCACGAGCACGGUGACGAUCGGCAGCUCCUGCACAGAUGAAUUGGAUAAGCAGAUCACGACGAUAUCCUCCCGGCUCGAGCCGAAGGGCUCACCGAAGAUCAGUCCAGGAACCGGCGACGACAGCAAGGCUAAAUCUACGGCGAUGUCACGACUGUUGGCCGUUGAUUCCGACAACUACAUGCUGCGCAAGGGCGCCGCGACGGCGACGACGACGGCGACCAACGGCGCCGCGGCGCCGUCGUCUAUUACCUCUUCGUCGUCGUCUUCGUCAUCGUCGUCGUCGUCGUCGUCGUCGUCGUCGUCAUUGAACAAUUCCGCGAGCAUGCAACUGCAACGACAGAUGCAGAAUCUCGCUAUUGGAUCGACUACGGCGCCGUCGAUCCUCGCGACAUACGGCAACGCCGGUGACCAUGUCGUCGGUCAGCUGUAUGACGUCGGACGGACGACGUCUAGAUCGGCGGCGACGUACGUGCCGCCCAAGUGGUACACCGCCGGUAAUAAUAAUAACCAGGCGACGAGACAGCAUCGGGAGGGAACAGCGGCGGUAACGGUGGCGGCGGUGGCUGCGGCCGUACAGCUCGAGGAGCAAUCCUUGCAGCAGUUGCAUCUGCAAUCGCGUACGUUGACGUCGACGCGCGACGAUGCCGCGACGACGUCCGUGACGUCGACGGACGGUGUCGAGAGCGAGCUCGGCUUCACGAGACCGGUGUGCGCGAGGCCGGUGUCCUUUCAUCGAUAUAUGUGUUGGUGUAGCGCGCAGCAGCAGCAACAGCAGCAACAGCAGCUGCAGCUGCAGCAGCCUGCCGUGGCGGAGGGCGUCGACGCGAACUCGAUCGGUCGCGCGAAGGGUGGCAGGGGCGCAGCCACCCACGAGGGGUUGGCAACAAAACGAACGAUGCGCGAUGAUAAUAGUAGUCUAUGUUGCUGCAUGUGCGGUUCUCUAUGUCCUGCAGAGUGCCACGCGUGCUUCCACAUCGUGUGCUCGGACUACAACGGCCAGUACCUGUGCCAAUGGGGUACCAAGGGUCACGCGCUACCGGGCCAGGUUCACGACAAGGACAAGCCCGUCAGUGAGUGGACGUCUCUGAACGUAGUUGAAUGGAUGUCAGCCCUAAAUCUGUACCGCUAUGCGGACGUCUUCAAGUCGAAGGACAUCAAAGGCAGCGAUCUGCUCCAUCUGGAUCGGGAAAAGCUCAUGAAUAUGGGUAUAAAAGAUGAAUUCCAUCAGAGGAACAUUUUGGUGUGCAUCGAAGAACUCUGCAAAGUCCCGGUGGCGAUGGAGACGAUGGGCUCGACACUCAGCACGACGACGCCGACGUCCGGCGUCGCCGUGGAGUCGACCUGUUCCCUUGGAGUCAACUAUCCGGGCAACAACCUGGCCAAUAACGCGCACAAUCUCAAGCUGCACAGCUUCAGCGUGUUGGAGAAGUGCGGUAAAUGCCAUAAAUACCUCAGGGGUCUCCUACAUCAAGGCUUCCUCUGCCAAGAUUGCGGGCUGGUCGCUCAUAGGACGUGUUCAGCGACGGGUUUACCUUCCAAUUGCAUAUCGGCCGACUCGGACAAUCGUAUCAGCAGGUUUACUUCAGUGUUCGGCCUCGCGUUGUGUUCGCAAUUCGACACCGCCAGCCGUGCGGCGCCGAUCCUGGUGGAACGAUGUAUCCGCGCCUUCGAGGAGCAGGCGUUCGCCGACACGACGCUGGAUCUCUACAAAGUCUACCACAGCAGCCCGCCUAAUGAGCAUACCCUCGAGCUGCGACAGAAGCUGAACGAAGAUGUUUAUAAUGCUGAUUUAAGUCCGUACACACCCCAAUGUAUUGCCAGUGUCCUGAAAAAGUUCCUGCGUGAAUUGCCAGAUCCAGUAAUCCCGGUGCAGUGGUACGACAGAUUUCUGGAUGCGUCAAAUAUGAGAAAUAAUGACGAGCAGUGCGCGAAGCAUCUUAAUCAAUUAGUAGCUGAGCUACCGGAGCAUCAUCGUAGCACAUUGUGCUAUUUGAUGGCGCACUUUUGUCGCAUUUGCCAGUUGCAGCACGGAAGGGGUUACACGGAACCACCGACCAUCCUUGUGCAAAUGCUCUGCCAUAUAUUUCUCAGGCCGCCCUGGGAUCGAAUCAUCCAAGUCGUUCAUAACACGGAGGCACACAUACGCAUAAUGGAAUUACUGUUGUUGCACGGCGAUUGGAACGAGAGGCUACCGGAGUUUGCCAGUCCUCCGCAAUUGCCUCCGCGUAAAGUUUCGAGACCGCUGUUUCCGAUUUUGGAUCCAUUCCCGGUUCUCGAAGACGAAGUUGUAGACAGAACGGCACCUGGUGCAGAUACUGGCAAAGACCAACAGUCGCACAGACCACGUACGCUACAGGAGGCCGAAUGGUAUUGGGGUAACAUCACGAGGGACGAUGUGAACGAGAAGAUGAUCGACUCGCCGGAUGGUACCUUCCUGGUACGUGACGCGUCUUCCAAGUGCGGCGAAUAUACUCUGACGCUGCGUAAAGGCGGGACCAAUAAACUCAUUAAGAUCAGCCACCGAAACGGGAAAUAUGGUUUCUCGGAUCCCUACAACUUCCACUCGGUCAUCGAGUUGGUUGACUACUACAGAAAUUGCUCGCUCGCGCAAUACAAUUCGGUGCUGGAUAUCAAGCUGCUCUACCCAGUCUCGCGAUUUCAACAAGAUGACGAGAUCGCAAAUACAACCGACAUGACAAAGGUUGCACAGAAAUACGUUGAGCUAGAGAAGGACAUAAAUGAUACGGUUCGGCAAUAUCAACACUGUUCGGAUCUAUAUAGCAAAACGGCCAAUGAAGUUCAGUUGAAACGUCAGGCGCUGGAAGCCUUCACAGAGGCAAUCAAGAUGUUCGAGGAACAAAUGAAGCUUCAAGAAAGAUUUCAGAAGGAAGCUCAGCCUCAUGAGAUUUCUACUUUGACAGACAAUUCGGAGUUGCUGAAGAGAAGACUAAAAGCCUUAGAAGACAGUAAGGAACAACUAGAUGACAGUCUGAAGCAACAGAUCGCUUAUUACAGAACUCUUGAAAGAGAAAUGUAUAGGCUAAAAUCGGAGAUUGGAAUGCUCGUGCGGCAAAAAGAGCGCCAUUUUACAUGGUUAAAGAAGAAUGGGAUGAAGCAAAACAAAGAAGAAGUGGAUUUUGCGGUUCAUUCCGAUGAGAAAACGUGGCUCUAUCUGCAGGGUUCUCGUCCCGAUGCCGAUCAUAUUUUAAAAGGUCGGCCUGACGGUACUUUUCUCAUUCGCCGAUCAAGAACGGGCCAAUACGCGCUUUCUAUAGUAUGCAAUGGCACGGUUCAGCACUGCAUAAUAUAUGCCACCGAGCGUGGCUACGGUUUUGCCGAGCCCUACAACAUCCACGAGAGCCUGAAACAUCUAGUGCUGCAUUAUGCCCAGAAUUCCCUCGAGGAGCAUAACGAGUGCCUGACUACCACUCUGGCCUAUCCCGCGUUUGCACCGCCUGCGGCACUCGCGCAGCUGCAGGCCCAGCAGAAGCAGCUGCAGAUUCAUAUUCAGAAUCAAUCGCCGUUUGCACGACCACCCCACGAGAAUCAACUCGUCAUGCCGCACACAUAAUAUUGGCCUGUCGAGCGUCGCGAUCAGGAUCCGCUCGAGUCUGAGUACGUUCAUGCAUGUGCGCACACCCACACGUGAAUUCUGCUGCUACAAGCGUCAUUCGCCGACGUGAUCGACUGAAAUCGACAGAAAUCGACUGUAUUGCGCAAGCCUUCCUUGACAAGUUCGAACACGUUUUGCUGCGAAACAGAAUGCUCCUUCGUUCGGAAUGUUUCCUAAAAUCGCGUACAAUAAUUAUGCGUAUGUUUUACAGUGAGAGAGGAAACAACGUCGCGCAGAUUAAUAUCGUGAAAGCGCGCAAUCGAGUGUCGCGGUUGUUUAAUUAUCAUCGAACAAUAGGUAGAUCGCAAGGUCUCCAAAAACACGGAACACUUCGAUGAAGCUACAAUAGCCAUAGUAAUCGUAAGAAGUACUAGCGAUAGAAUUAGAUAUAUACGUGUAUUAUCGUGAUGCGAUAAAUCGCUUCGAUUAACGCAGGGGUUCCCAAACAGCGCAUCAUAACACCCCGAAGAGGCACUCAUGUUUGGGAGAAUGCAGAAAUAAGAAACAAGUGAAUUGAUUUUGAAAAAUAGCUAGGAAAGCCGAACUACUUUUUUAUAUUGACGGCUGAAUGUGACUAAAUACGUAUUUGAACAUUUUAUAACUGCUAUUUAGAGACAGUUUUAAUAUGUAAGGCUUAACUUUGUUGAAUCUUAUUCCGUAAAUAUGAUAAGGAUAAGUAAACACGAGAGGAGAUUUGAAAUUUGAUUUCUAUUUUCUACAUAUGUGAUAAAAAACAAUUAAACGUUUCAUGUACACACUUUUGUUAACAUUAUCACACAAAUGAGACACAAAGAAUAGAUAUCAGAUUUAAUAAACUGUUAAAUUAGAAAAGUUUGGGAACCUCUCGAUUAACAGGACCAACAAUAUCAAUGACAGAUGUCACUCUCCCUCAGGGUUUACACAACGUGGAGAGGUUUGCAUUGCAAGGGUCGACACUACAAUGGGGUUAUAACGUUUCCAUCAUCACUGAGAUUUUGUUCUUCGAAACAAAAUCUGUUUUUGAUCUUGACGGUUAUAAUUGCGCAGAAUUGAUUCGCUCCAAAGUGUCACCAUUAUUAAAAAGACGUUAUCAAAUCAGCGACCGGGAUAGCAAGGUCCGCUUUGUUCGCAUAGAUUCCAUUAUUCAGGUAAUCAGGGUAGUCGUACUUCAUAUAAUCGUCUAACCCUUAACAGUCUGAAUUUUUCCCAAAUGCUGAUUAGCUCGUAUCGAGCGAUCAUUUAAUUUGAAAUUAACUUUAAGUUAGUAAUUUGUUAUUAUUCAGCCACAUAGGAUAGCUAUCUAUCGCGUGUACGUGUAAUAAUGUGCUUUUUUAAAAAAAUUGUUAAAAUAUUGUAAAAAUUAUUUAUGAAAGUCUAGUAUAUUUUUUCAAUUGCUAUAAUUAUAUGUCGCCAUCACUGAACGAAUGUUUAUGUGUAAGUAAAGCUUACUGUAUAAACAUAUUAACUAUAUAAACAUAUUUCAUGUGUUUAUAUAAGUCACAAUCAUAAUUUUUUGUGAAAUAAAUACGAAUCACGUUCUACUCGUUACUAUUUAAUAUCUUUUAUAAUUACGUUUAAAUUACGUUUUAUUAUUUUUUUGAAAAUUUUCGUUUGAUAUAUGAGAUGUAUAUCAACUCUCGCGUUACAUGAAUCAAGAUUUGCAACGUAACCAUGUUAUAUCUAGUACGAUCAUUUUAGGCUUUUAAGGGUUAAACGUAGUGAUUCAUAAAUCGAAUAACGGUCACUUCUUUGUUAUUCGAAACUUCCAAUCGCUUCUCUUGCGAACACGAUUUGCGACUCCAACGAAGGACGCGUGAUUCUCAUAAACGGCGUUUUCUCUUUUUUUUUUCGAUACGCUGAAUUACGAUAGUGAUAUUAGAACGUAGUCAAGCGAAAUUCACGUAAAACCACAAGGCGUAUUUAUACCAUUUUAUAAUAACCGAAAAGCUAUUAGCGAGAAUCUCGCAGGUUCAUUUUUCCCGAAAA